AUGUCACUUCAUUUCUUUUUUAUCAUGACUAGAAAGUUUCUGCUUCUUUGUACGAAUUUUUUUCAAGAGCGUUUGUGUAUGUUUAUGUGGACAAGAAUCCGGAGACAAACUUAUUCUCAAGGGGGUAGAACUGUGAAAAGAUUUGGAAAACCAAAGAAGACUACCGCGUUGUUUAGUGAUUCAGGUACAUCAUAUCAACAAAAGUCGUUUCUGUUCUUUAAAUAG